GUCAAUAAAAACAUACACAUAAAUACUCAAGUUAAGUACAAGUCCCUCAAAGUUGUACUUAAAUUCAGUUCUUGAGUAAAUAUACUUACUUUACACCACUGAUUAUAUGGCCCACACAGGAAAGGAAACUCACCGAACGCGGAAAGAAGUCUGACCUACAUGGAACACAUCCUGGGCCGCGCUCGCGAAUCAUCGAACUCUGUCGGCUCUUUCCGGAGAUAUCGGUCAUUUCGCUAGCCAAGCUGAUUAGCCUGCUACUACAAGCUCAUGUUUGUAGGAUAUUUAUCGUUAGCUGAAUUGGCGUAGAUGAGACAAGGAGUAUAAAAAAAUGGCGGACGUCGAGGGAGAGGGAAUUUGUUCAUCAGUCCCUCCGUUACCUCACCCUUCUUCGCGUAACGGCUCCGGUAGCGGUAACGUUACGCCGGGCAGCUGCCAGGCAACCACCGUUACUUCAGGCCCACGGCUGGUGCAGAUAGUGAAGUCUGACUCGGGCUAUGGCUUCAAUGUUCGGGGACAAGUCAGUGAAGGUGGGCAACUACGGAGCAUUAACGGAGAACUGUACGCUCCCCUGCAACAUGUCAGUGCUGUCCUACCUGGAGGAGCCGCCGACAGAGCCGGUAUUUCCAAGGGCGACAGGAUUAUUGAGGUAAAUGGUGUAAAUGUAGAGGGAGCGACCCACAAGCAGGUGGUGGACCUGAUCCGGGCCGGAGAGAGGGAGCUGGUGCUGGCCGUGCUGUCUGUCCCACCCCAGGAGGCCGAAUGCCUCGAUCCCGGAGAUGACGUUUCAGCCCAGUCCUGUUAUGACUACUCCGACAAGCAGGCUGUCCCCAUCUCUGUACCGAGCUACAAACACACUGAGCUCAACCAGGAAAAGUUUGUGGUAUAUAAUGUAUACAUGGCGGGCAGGCAGCUAUGCUCCAAGCGUUACCGUGAGUUUGUGAUCUUACACCAAAAUCUGAAGAGGGAAUUUGCUAACUUUACGUUCCCAAAACUGCCUGGGAAAUGGCCCUUUUCACUGUCGGAGCAGCAGUUGGACGCGCGACGCAGAGGUCUGGAGGAAUACCUAGAGAAAGUGUGCUCUGUAAGGAUAAUCGGCGAAAGUGACAUCAUGCAGGAGUUCCUGUCUGAAUCAGAUGAGAACUAUAAUGGCGUGUCAGAUGUGGAGUUAAGAAUAGCCAUGCCCGACAAAACUACGCUAACCGUCAGAGUUCGUAAAAACUCCACUACAGACCAGGUGUACCAGGCUGUGGUUAUGAAACUAGGGAUGGACAGUGUAACAGCCAGCUACUUCGCUCUGUUUGAGGUCAUCAACCACACCUUCGUGCGAAAGCUCGCCCCCAACGAGUUCCCUCACAAGCUCUACGUACAGAACUAUACCUCAGCCAUCCCAGGAACCUGCCUCACCCUGCGAAAGUGGCUCUUCACUACUGAAGAGGAGAUCCUGCUCAAUGACAACCAGCUUGCUGUCAACUACUUCUUUCACCAGGCUGCAGAUGAUGUGAAGAAAGGUUUUGUCAAAGCAGAACAGAAGUCCUACCAGCUGCAGAAGCUGGCGGAGCAAAAGAAGAUGUCUAUGUAUCUGAGUUUGUUAAGGGGUUGUGAGGGCUACAAUGAGAUCCUUUUCCCUCACUGUUCCUGCGACUCGCGACGCAAAGGCCAUGUCAUCACAGCCAUCAGCAUUCACCACUUCAAGCUGCACGCCUGCACCGAGGAAGGGACACUCGAGAACCAAGUGAUUGCAUUUGACUGGGGUGAGAUGCAGAGGUGGGACACAGAUGAAGAGGGCAUGGCCUUCUGCUUUGAAUAUGCACGAGGAGAGAAGAAACCACGAUGGGUCAAGAUAUUUACACCCUAUUUUAACUACAUGCAUGAGUGCUUCGAGAGAGUCUUCUGUGAGCUGAAGUGGAGGAAGGAGGUGGAAGAGGAGGCUACAGACAAGGACAAUAAGAACUGCAGUAAAGAUGGUAUGUGUGGCAAGGUAAGGCUUUGCCUGCCUCUGUCCGCUCUACGAUUAUUCAAUAGCUUGGGUGAAUUCCUCUGUGUUUGUGUUUACAGAGUGUGUCUUCCUCCUGAUUGCCGUUUCUGUUUCAGAAUAUUUUCCAGCUGCUGAGGCACAGAAGGGAUGGAGGCACCUAGGAAGGGAGAUUGUUACCUCUUAACUCAACUCGUUCACCGACACCGGCCCCCAUCUAGCCCCGGACCCAGCUACGCUCAGCUAUUAACUACCUGGUCAUCCUUUACACUUCAUCUGCUACAACCUGAAAAGCUACCCCCAAUACAUGCAAACCAACAAGCACCUGCAAAUAAACAAAUCGAAUAAACCGAAGCAUAAAAAGCUACAGACACACGAAGCAGAACUCUUGAAUGCAAGGCACCAUAGUCACGCAUAAGCAGAACUCUGUCGAAACUUGGAUUCAUGCUGGCCUUCUGCUUAUUGGCCGGGACUUGAAGUGGAAUGUGACUUGUACGUGGGGAGGUUUUUUAGCCUCCUCUGAAGUAAUCCUACUGGGACGAGAUAGCUGGAGUGAAUAUGGAAAUAUUGUGGUACUAGGAAAAGUGCAAACUGUUAGUGCUCGCAAAGGGGAACACAGAUAACACUGAUCAGCGAUACCACGGGAAGUCUCUCAGUGUGUCCAUUUAAGGCCAGUUGUUAGCGUGCAGGUGUGUUUGUUCAUGUUAAUGCGUGCAGGGAGCCCCAAAAGGCAAGGGUCCAACCAGAGUGAGGCCCUCAGAAUGUAAGUCAUUGUUAAAUUAUGUUGCAUACAUACAUUUUCAUAGAUUUGUUGACCAGUUUGCAUCUAUAAAACAAACCUAUUAACAUUGUAAUGUGACAGAAGAGAGAGAGAGAAAGUGGACAUGUUGUAAAAUAGUUAGACAUACAUUUUCAUUCAGAGACAUAGCUGUGAUGACUGGACACAAGCAGGAAAAAUGUUAAACUUCAAACUAAUGUUGCACUUUAUCCAACAGUAUUAACAGCCACCUAAUGUGGGAGAUGUAACCGAAGAAGCAGAUGUUUGGUUUACAUUCAUUUUUGACUGAAUAACAACUUUAUUGUUAUGCACUGCAUCAUCAGAUGACAUUUGUAGUGUGCAGAGCCAUGCAUUAAACCUUUUUUGUAUUUAUAUUAUUAUAUAAACACUACAUGUUAACAUUUUGAGACCAUUGUAGAGCAGCAGUGAUGUGCAGCACUGCUCAGACAGUGGACUACAAUAUGUUGUGCAUGCAUUACCCCUAAGAGACAGCAGGGGUCCUUCUCCUCCUCCUGCUCUUUUGCAGGCUCUGAUUACUAUGAUCCUGAAAGCUCCACAGGGUUUAUAAUAGGCCUGUAAUUCAAAAGGCCUUUCUAAUUGGAGCACUAUUUAUCUCUGUAGCUGGAACUUCACUGUACUGUUGAACUGCUCAUGCACUCAUGAUUCAGGUUAAGUGGGAAGAAGAUUUUUAUUCGCAAAAAAGGGCAGCUUGCACACUUCAUCAGCGUUAUACAGAUAUGAAGAAAGCGGCACAUUAAAUAAAGACUAGGUAGAAAACCUAUCGCAGAGCUGCAGUGUAAUGAAGUAAACGGUGUAAUUCAAUGUCCCUCUAAAUGAGCCCAGCUAAUGUUCUCAUUCGUAGUAUAACGUAAUUAUAAUAAUAAUGUAACAGAAAGGGCACUCAGAGAGACCUCCGCCAAGGUCGUUUACAUAAGUAAAAAUGAACGUGUGUAUCCACCUUGUUAUCCAGAUUGGCUAAGGGUAAAGGGUUCUUCCUUCCAACAACUUUGAUCAAAAUUGCCUUUGGCCUUUUUUGGGUUUUUCGGACGGACUGACAAACCAAUAUGUAACCUUCUUAGCAGAGGCACUAAAUGAGAAACAUAAUUAUUUGAAGCAAUGGUGACUUCAGGCUGACAAUUAAAUCAAUGUAUGUAAUCAUACGAUAUUAUUACAUCACUAAACUCUGAACUGCUGACACUUAAUGUUAAUAAUUACUUCCAUGACAUCAUAACUGGUUAUUAUUAUUUAAAAUAAUAUGUAGCCCUAACUACUAUUUAGCUCCUACAAUAUCAACAGUAUUCUUUUAUACUGCAGGCAAGUAAAGAGUCACUGGUUGACUCUGAUUGACUCUUGCUAAGAGUGCUUGUUAUAAUGAUGGUGCUGUACCCAAAAGCCGUUUUGGGUGAUUAAUGAGCUUCAGCGGACCCUGGUGGAUGUGUAAAGGAGGUUUAAUUGAAUGUGUUGAGCCUUGAAUUUAGAGACCUGCGAUCCUAAAGUCUGAAAGCAUUUCCCAGGGUUCUUGUCCGUUUACUGGAGCGUAUCUGACAUGGUUGAUUCUCUGACAUUGUCUGAUCUGCCCACCUUCAAGUGUGCACUCAGCCCUCCUCCUUUCUCUCUCUCAUGCUGACUAACGUUGAGUGUCACUAACAUUAUUUAUUUUAUUAAGAUAAUAGGUUAAUAAUUUAGCAUCGCUGUUAAGUUUAUCACCUGAUAUGGUUUGGCUUUUGAAGAGUCACGCUAAGAGGAUGGAGAUUGACAACCUGCAGAUUCUUUGACAUGUUGAAAUGUAAAAUUUCAGACAGGUUGAUUGGUUACGUCGCUUACUGUAAUAAAUUGUAACAUAUUCUUUUAAAUAAACCAAUUUAUUGAUGCAA